AUGAAAGUUGAAGUUUGUAGCCUUAGUUUGGGUGAAGAGUUCAAAAUUUUAAAAGAAACAAUUCCUACCAUUUAUGUUACACAAGUCUGUUUUGACAUCUUUUCUGGACAAGUUUUGAGGAAAAGGGAAGAAAAGGCUUCUCUCCUGCAUCGUACUCAGGAAGAAAGGAGAAAACGAGAGGAAGAAAGGCGGAGGCUGAAAAAUGCAAUAAUAAUCCAGUCAUUUGUAAGAGGGUACAACGACAGAAAACAUCAAUACUCUAUCCAAAGAAGUGAAUUUGAUCGCUGUGCUAAUUUGGCCCAAUCUGGAGGAACUUUUUCCACAGCAAAUGGAGCUAAUUUGACUCUCUUAGUUCGUCAGUUACUCUUUUUCUAUAGACAGAAUGAGGAUUCUAGGCGUUUGGUAUGGAUGUGUCAGAAUUUAAUUAAACAGAGUUCUCAGUUUGUUAAGCAAUUGGAUGGUCCAGACAGACUUACUUGCUUAUUCCAAAUAAAAAGACUGUUGGGCCUGUGUUGCAGGCUAUUGCAAAAUUGCAGUGAUGACAGUCUGAAUGUUGCACUUCCUAUGAGAAUGCUUGAGGUAUUUUCAUCUGAGAAUACGUAUUUGCCUGUUUUACAAGAUGUCAGCUAUGUGACAUCAUUAAUUGAACAAAUUUUGCACUACAUGAUUCAAAAAGGCUACUACAAGUCGCUUUAUUUGUUAAUUAACAAUAAGCUUCCCUCGAGUAUUGAGUAUUCUGAUGUUUCUCGAGUCCCUAUUGCAAAAAUACUUCUGGAGAAUGUCCUGAAGCCAUUGCACUUUACAUAUAGCUCCUGUCCAGAAGGUGCAAGGCAGCAGAUUUUUGCAGCCUUCACAGAGGAGUUUUUGGCAGCACCUUUUACAGAUCAGAUAUUCCAUUUCAUCAUUCCAGCGCUUGCUGAUGUGCAGACCAUUUUUCCUUAUGAACUCUUUCUGAAUGCACUAUUAUUAGCAGAAAGAAGAAGUGAUGAAGCCCCGUGGCUUUUUUACUUUGUGUUAACAGUUGGAGAAACAUACUUGGGAUCCCUUUCAGAAGAAGGACUUCUUGUGUAUUUGAGGGUACUCCAGACUUACCUCUCUCAGCUGCCUGUGUCUACUGCUGGUACAAAUUGUCAAGAUGCAAAUAGUGAUUCUGAAGAUGAAGAUGAAGAGAUCAGUAAAAUGACAACUACACCAGGUGACGGGAGAAUAUCAGUUCAGUACAUAACUGAGGAGUGUCUAAAGAAACUGGAUACAAAGCAGCAGACAAACACUCUAUUGAAUAUGGUUUGGAGAGAUUCAGCUAGUGAAGAGGUCUUUACCCUGAUGGCAUCAAUCUGCCACACGCUAAUGGUACAACACCGAAUGAUGGUGCCAAAAGUCAGGCUUCUUUAUAGUUUAGCCUUUAAUGCCAGAUUCCUGAGGCAUCUUUGGUAUUUGAUAUCUUCAAUGACUACACGAAUGAUUACAGGGUCUAUGGUGCCACUUCUUCAAGUGAUUUCAAGAGGCUCUCCAAUGUCUUUAGAAGACUCUAGUAGAAUUAUCCCUCUCUUCUACCUUUUUAGUUCUUUGUUUAGUCAUUCACUUAUUUCUAUUCAUGAUAAUGAAUUCUUUGGUGAUCCAAUAGAAGUCGCAGGUCAAAGACAAUCAUCAAUGAUGCCUUUUACACUAGAAGAGCUUGUAAUAUUAUCACGCUGCCUUCGAGAUGCAUGUUUAGGAAUCAUAAAGUUGGCUUACCCAGAAACAAAACCAGAGGUUCGUGAGGAAUAUAUUGCAGCAUUUAGAAGUGUUGGAGUAACAAAAAAUACAGAAAUGCAGCAAUGUAUACAGACGGAACAAAAAAGGUGGAUUCAGUUAUUCAAGGUCAUCACAAACUUAGUGAAAAUGUUGAAAUCUAGAGAUACAAGGAGAAAUUUCUGCCCACCAAAUCACUGGCUCUCGGAACAAGAAAACAUUAAAGCAGAUAAGGUUACGCAGCUGUAUGUGCCAUCUGCCAGGCAUGUGUGGCGAGUCAGAAGAAUGGGAAGAAUAGGACCAUUGCAGUCUACUUUGGAUGUGGGUUUGGAACCAGCACCUCUUUCUGUAUCUGAAGAACGACAACUUGCAAUUCUGACAGAGCUACCUUUUGUAGUUCCAUUUGAAGAAAGAGUAAAGAUUUUUCAAAGACUUAUCUAUGCUGAUAAGCAAGAAGUUCAAGGAGAUGGGCCAUUUUUGGAUGGAAUUAAUGUCACUAUAAGAAGAAACUAUAUUUAUGAAGAUGCUUAUGAUAAACUUUCUCCUGAAAAUGAACCUGACCUAAAAAAGCGCAUUCGUGUUCACUUACUUAAUGCACAUGGUCUUGAUGAAGCUGGUAUUGAUGGUGGUGGCAUUUUCAGAGAAUUCCUGAAUGAACUACUUAAAUCAGGAUUUAACCCCAACCAGGGAUUUUUUAAGACCACCAAUGAGGGACUUCUUUACCCCAACCCUGCUGCCCAGAUGCUCGUUGGAGACUCUUACGCCCGACAUUACUACUUUCUUGGAAGAAUGCUUGGAAAGGCUCUUUAUGAAAAUAUGCUGGUGGAGCUGCCAUUUGCUAGUUUUUUCCUCUCAAAAUUACUGGGGACAAGUGCUGAUGUUGACAUUCAUCAUUUAGCUUCAUUAGAUCCAGAAAUGUACAAAAAUUUGCUUUUCCUCAAGAGCUAUGAAGGGGAUGUGGAAGAACUUGGACUAAACUUCACUGUGGUAAAUAAUGACCUUGGGGAAGCACAGGUGGUUGAGCUGAAGCCAGGUGGAAAAGAUAUUCCUGUUACCAGUGCCAACCGAAUCGCGUACAUCCAUCUGGUGGCAGACUACAGGCUAAACAAACAAAUUCGACAGCAUUGCCUUGCUUUCCGUCAGGGACUGGCCAAUGUUGUGAAUCUUGAAUGGCUUCGAAUGUUUGAUCAACAGGAAAUACAGGUUCUGACUUCCGGUGCCCAGGUUCCUAUUAGUUUGGAUGACCUUAAAUCUUUCACAAACUAUUCAGGUGGCUACACAGCAGACCAUCCUGUAAUUAAAAUAUUCUGGAGAGUUGUAGAAAGUUUCACUGAUGAGGAGAAACGCAAGCUACUCAAGUUUGUAACAAGCUGCUCUCGACCGCCUCUUCUGGGGUUUAAGGAGUUAUAUCCUGCAUUUUGCAUUCACAAUGGAGGAUCUGAUUUAGACAGGCUACCUACUGCCAGUACCUGCAUGAACUUGCUGAAGCUGCCUGAGUUUUAUGAUGAAAAUCUUAUGCGAAGCAAGCUCCUUUAUGCCAUUGAAUGUGCUGCUGGAUUUGAAUUAAGCUGAGUCGAACUGAUGCUUAUUUGGAUGAUCUGCAGAGGAACUAACCAGUGCCUACUCUAUAAGCAGCACCCAUACCCCAGCAGUUUUAAGGGAAUUCUGUCUAGAUUUCUGCAGCUCUUGUGUCUUAUCAAAUGCCCUCAAAUAAGUUUCAUUUUUAAACACAAUUUCUUAGUUAGCUUUCAUUAAUUAAUAUUACACUGACCCUGCUUUAUGAUUCAAAACAAUGAAUGCUGUGCGCAGUGUGGCUGUUCUCUGUGUUAUGCGACGAAAGAGCACAUUUAAAGAACCGUGACAUCUCGGUGAAAUUAACCAAAGAGAAAGCUUUGGCUUUGUGCUGUUCAAACAAAUAAUUUCACAAACUGGCAAUAAAGUUGCGUACCAUGCAGCGCAUUGGGAUGAGACAGGGCUAACAUCCUGUAAUUAAUCUUUUAGAUGGAAGUGAAGCAGAUGUUUGCAGAUAUCCCAGAACUGAGGGGAUGGAAAUGCUCAUUACCGAUAA